AUAAUUUGUAAUUGUGGAAUCAAAAGGGGAGUCAUAUAUGAUCAUAUGCAUGUGCAGUACCGUUUAUCAUCAAACAAUAUAUAGACAUCAUAACCACUUUCAACCAAUGUUUUGUGUUGUAUAUGUUUUCCAUUAAUUCGACCGUUAUAUAUAUUAUAUGUAUUCAAGUUUUCAUGUGAAUGACUAUCACCCCUUUGUGAUCACCUAGUCUUUACUUAGAAUUUUUUUUAAAGUUGGACCAUAAUAUUUUUAUUAUUCUCAUCUAUCUGGAAUGAUUGAUUAUUUGUGAUGCGCUUGUUAAUUAAUUUAGUAUCAAUCAUUCCUAAAAUAUUUUGUGACUGGGAGAUGAACUUAUUGAAUAAAAAUUUAUUUGGUGUUGACCACAUAACUCUAGAAUGACGGUAACCCUGCAACAUAUAUAAGCUUAGUUUGGCCCUGCGGUAGCUUUUGCAAAAGCAACUUCUGACUGGAGUUUUUAGAUAAGUACUUUUCAAAAAAAGCAGUUGAGUGUUUGGUUGUAAAACUAUUAGAAGUACUUUUUAAUAGGCAAAAUACACUUUCAUAGCCAUAACUAUUCGCGUUGUGACAAAUAUAGCCACUUUUUGAAAAAUACACUCGUAUAGCCACUUUUGAAAACUUGCUUGACAACUUUAGCCAUUUCCGUUAUAAACUUUAACACCGUUAACUCUUCAAUGAUGUGGAUGUACACGUCAUCAAAUGUAUGCCAUGUGUCAGCCACCUCAGUUUAAAUUAUUAUUUUAAAUAAUUUUCUUAAUUAUUUUUUUCACCACUAUUCUAAUCAAAAUGAAAAAUCAUUAAAUUUUUUCUCCCAAUUCUCCUUUCCCCUUCCCCAUGGAGAGAGCAGAGAACGAGAUCCGAUCUCCGCCGGUCACUCUCCGAUCCAUCGCCCCGUCUCGCUCUCCGUCGUUUGGAAUUCUUUCUUUUCUUCUUCCCCGAGCCGCCGAUCUCGUCGUUGCCGGCUUCAUCCUCUGUUUGUCAUUGGGUUGGAGGAGAAAUCAGGGGAAAUCAUCUUCCCCUUCAUCUUCUUCCUCACGCCAGAAACAGAGGAAAUCAUCUUCUUCUAGCCAUUCACACAUCAAAGCAGAGACAAGCUCAUAAACCCCAAUUUUGAAUCAACCAAGAACCAGCACUGAGAUUUUAGAAUUAUACAUAAUCAUCCAAUUCAAGUAAUAUAAAACACAGAAGUCGGUUGAUAUGGCUGUGGGAUACAUAUGAUAAUUGACUAAAGUGGAUUUAUAAACAUAUUGGGAGAGAGAGAUUGCCCUAUUUUAUUAAGACAUGAUAACAAUUACAUAUGAAGGUCUAAUUAUUGAAGUGUAUGGUGUGGUGGGAGGGGAAGUGAAUCUUGGGAAUAAUCAAGGUUUAGUUUGGGCAUACAAAUAUACUACUAGCAGCUAGUCAACAAAAAUAAUUAAGAAGGCAUGAUCAAUUGAUGACUAACAAAUUUGCUUCUCGUUUAAUUUAUUUUAUAUUCUCCCUCCCCAUCUAUCAUUCAUUCCUGCAUGUUCUCCUUCAUUCAUAUUACUGACCGAAAAUUCAAUUAAUUUGCCUUUCCCUUUGUUUAUCAUCAACAUUUUUUGUCCUUAUAAAUACAUACCAAAUGAACCACUGAUUCACUCACCACCCACAUGCACUUGUUAUUAGUUCCUUCCUUCCUAACUAAAACAACAAUUAAUAUUCAAUAUUCCAUCUGAACUAUCCCUCUACCUCCACUUCCUCAUUCACUCUCUCUGAUCUCUCUCUCUCUCUCUCUCUAGCCAGAAUAUGAACAAGAUGAAGAAUACUAACAAUGCCAGCAGCAGCGGGACUAGCAGAAAGAACAAGAAGCAGCAGCAGCAGCAGCAGCAGGGUCAGCUGGAAACAGGUGAACCGGCUGCUGUGAGGUUUUUGGGAGUGAGGAGGCGACCGUGGGGCAGAUAUGCGGCGGAGAUAAGAGACCCCACCACCAAAGAGAGGCACUGGCUGGGCACGUUCGAUACCGCCGAGGAAGCCGCUUUGGCCUAUGACAGAGCCGCACGUUCCAUGCGCGGCCCACGCGCUCGCACCAACUUUGUCUACUCCGACACCCCCGCCGGCUGCUCCGUCACGUCCAUCCUCUCCCCCGACUUCUCAUCAUCCACCUUCAUUAACAACAACGACGACAACAGGAUUGUAUCCUCAUGUCUUGAACCUUGCGGCCAGCAGCAACAGAUGAUGUUCAACAUGCAGGGGAGCGAAUGCUACUACCAAAAUAGUAAUAUUACCAAUAUUAAUUCUGCAGCUAGCAUUGACGACGGCCAUGGCGGGCUGCCUCCUUUGCCGAGAUGUGAGGUGGAGAACUUGUCCAUUAAUGCAGCAAGUUUUGACGACGUGAUGAUGGAUACUAUGGUUGAUUUUACGGCCAUGAAUGGCGAGGGCAACAACAACAAUAUUAACAACAUUGGUGGUGGUGGGUACAAUAGUUUCGGCUACGAGGAGGAUUGCGUAAUGCACAGCCCGCUGUUCAGCACGAUGCUUCCGCUCCCCGAUUCCAACAACAUGAAUAUCACUUACGGUCACCACCUGCCUCUGCCUGCCGACGAUGCCUACCAUUUGGGGUCCUCCUCAGCUUACAACUAUUAUUUCUUCUCAAACUAACUAACUGACUAUCAAUAAUUGAGGCCGCCACCUGCUGCCUAGUGCCUGUGUUCCUAAACCCUAUAUGCAAGUUCCCUGUUUUUCUUUUUUCUAUCUCCUUUACCGGCGUGGUUUGAGGCAUGUGGCCGCCCCUCCUUGCAUCCACAAGCACGCGAUCUUCAUCACUCAACUGAUUUCUCUCUUUUUUUUUUUGUAAAGCCUUUCUCAUCCUCUGAUUUCAUUCAUGAUCAUCACUUGAAUAUUGGGGAUACUUUCGAUCCCUUUUCUUCAUGUACCUGGAUGUAAAUUAAUAGAGAUGAAUGAAAAUACUCUAUUCUGCCUAGCCCAAAACCGUCCAGUCCAGUACAAUCCAUCCAAAGUAUAUAUGAAUGAUUCUGUCCUACACGGGUAAAAGUUGGGAGUAUAUAAAUCUUCAAUUGGGCGGAGUUUACGACAUUGUAGAUUAAAAUUUAGUCCUUUUUUUAUAUAAAUUUCGUACAUUUAAUUGAUUUAUUCCUAGUGAUAUAUCACAAUCUAGACCAUGAAUUAAAUCGAGUUUGAGAUAUGAUAUUAUAACCUAACCUCUAAUGCAUAAACCCCAAGGUCUAGAUUCGCUAAACCGAAAUUGGAAGUUAAAUUUAAUAGAAAAUAAUAAUUGACCAUUGAGAUUGGCCGGAGCUCAUCGAAUUACAUCUAACGGCUAGAUCACCUGGUGUUUACCAAUCAUUACCACAUAUAUAGUACCUUCUACGUUACCCCGGGUUUCACCCGGGGUACCGCAUACUUUGAGUAUGGAAACGCAAUCUAGACCUCGAAUUAGCAUGAUUUUUGGGCAUGAUACUAUACCCUAACCCUUAAUGAGUGAACCCUAGGUCCUAAUUAUCUAAAUCAUAAACUAUAAACCCUAAGAUGGUGCAUUGAUUUUUUGGCCUAUAUUUGGACAAAUCAUAACCGUCGAUUAUUGUUUCUAAUCAAUUGAUUUUGGGUAUAAGAUUUAGAUAAUGAAUACCUAGAUUUUGAUCUUUAAGGUUUAGAGUAUAGUGUCAUGUCCGAAAGAUCAGUCAUUCCAAGUUCUGGAUAGCGUUUUCCUACUCAAGGUAUGCGGUACCCCGGAUUUCACUCUGGGUACUCUAGAACUUCAUAUAUAUAUAUAUAUAUAUAUAUAUAUGGUGACGUUAGCGUACGCCUGCGUUCACAUUUAUAAUUUAUAUUUAGAUAAUUCUGACGAAUCACAAGCGUACGUCUAACAUACGACAUAUGAUUUACGCCUGCGUUCACAUUCAUUAAUUAAUUUUAAUGUAAUUAAUUAUUAUUGAUAAUUACAACUAUAAACUGCAUCAAUUCUGUUGAUGCCAAGUUUGGAGGAGCCCGUUUCAAUGUGUUUGAGGUCCGAUGAGUGCCGACUUUCUGGCCAACGUCCGCCACAAGCCUUCGAGAUGGACACCUGCAAAAGAGGUACCCGCCGGCAGUGGUCGGCGGGGACCCGCUCCGAAGCUCGAGUCAGUAUUGAGAUGAGAGUAAUCGGGAGCGACAUAUUGAGCCGGCUCUAGAGAGAGAUUCAGAAUUUUAUCUGAAAUGAAAUAUCCAAAAAACAUAAAUGAGUGUGUCUGACGUGAAUGACGUGCUCGUAAUAAAAUAACAAUAAGACA